CAGCGGGGCGUCACCGCAGCGCUUUAGGCGGGAGCCGAAGGAUAGUCUCUGCCUGGAGGAAUGCGGGGGAGGAGAGAGGCCCACGGCAGACCCCGAGGGUGGGCGGGGAAGACCUUGUGGAUGACAGGCUCUGACAAAGCAGAAAACAUGCCCCAGUUGACAAAGAAUGUGCGGUAGGAUCCGGAACCAGGCCUCAGUAUGCUGCCUCCCUCGUGGCUGCAAGAACUGGGGUGGUGAAAGGAACUUAACAUAUCCUAAUCUGUGUGUGCAAUGUUUCACAGCCAAUGGUGCGGAUUACAGGGGAACACAGAACUGGACGGCACUGCAAGGCGGAAAGCCAUGUCUGUUCUGGAACGAGACUUUCCAGCACCCAUACAACACUCUGAAAUACCCCAACGGGGAGGGGGGCCUGGGCGAGCAUAACUACUGCAGAAACCCAGACGGAGAUGUGAGCCCCUGGUGCUACGUGGCGGAGCACGAGGACGGUGUCUACUGGAAAUACUGUGAGAUUCCCGCUUGCCAGAUGCCUGGAAACCUCGGCUGCUACAAGGAUCAUGGCAACCCACCUCCUCUAACUGGCGCCAGUAAAACGUCUAACAAACUUACCAUACAAACCUGCAUCAGCUUUUGUCGGAGUCAGAGGUUCAAGUUUGCCGGGAUGGAGUCGGGCUACGCCUGCUUCUGUGGAAACAAUCCAGAUUACUGGAAGUACGGUGAGGCGGCCAGUACGGAGUGCAACAGCGUCUGCUUCGGGGACCACACCCAGCCCUGUGGCGGCGACGGCAGGAUCAUCCUCUUUGACACUCUGGUCGGCGCCUGUGGUGGGAAUUACUCGGCCAUGACUUCCGUGGUCUACUCCCCUGACUUUCCCGACACCUACGCCACAGGGAGGGUCUGCUACUGGACCAUCCGGGUCCCGGGAGCCUCCCACAUCCACUUCAACUUCACCUUAUUUGACAUCAGGGAUUCCGCAGACAUGGUGGAGCUGCUGGACGGCUACACCCACAACGUCCUGGUCCGUUUCAGCGGAAGGAACCGCCCACCCCUGUCCUUUAACGUCUCUCUGGAUUUUGUCAUCUUGUAUUUCUUCUCUGAUCGCAUCAAUCAGGCCCAGGGAUUUGCUGUCUUAUACCAAGCCGUCAAGGAAGAACUGCCAGAGGAGAGGCCCCCUGCCAACGAGACGCUGGCCGAGGUGAUCACGGAGCAGGCCAACCUCAGUGUCAGUGCUGCCCGGUCCUCCAAAGUCCUCUACGUCAUCACCACCAGCCCCAGCCACCCCCCCCAGACCGUCCCAGGAUGGACGGUGUAUGGCCUGGCAACACUCCUCGUCCUCACGGUCACAGCCAUUAUAGCAAAGAUACUUCUGCACAUCACGUUCAAGUCCCAUCGCGUUCCUGCCACAGGGGGCCUUCGGGAUUGUCCUCAACCGGGAGCAUCGGGGGAGAUCUGGAGCAUUUUUUAUAAGCCUUCUACGUCAAUCUCCAUCUUUAAGAAGAAGCUUAAGGGUCAGAGUCAACAAGAUGACCGUAAUCCUCUUGUGAGUGACUAGAAGAUCCCCACUCCGUGCCCAGGACACCAGACCCCUCUGAGUCCGAGGCCCCUGGAGACCACCUGUCCCGUGGUUUCCGCUGAUCGACUCUCCCGCAGCUUCUUCAGGGGCAGCGUCUAUGGACCAGGCAGGAGCUCCCUGUGGCCAGGCAGGCGUAGCCUGGCUUCAUCCUGCUUCAUCAGCUGCACUUAGGAGAGACUCAAGGCCCCGUGGUCCCCCCCUCCUGCCUCUCUCUCUAAUCUGGGACUGGGUGGGGGUGUUGGGAUAGUGGGGCUGGGAUGACAGAGGUGGCGUGUCCAGCUUUGGGCUCAGGUACGUUCCAGCUGACUGUCAGGGAGUGGGUAGGUGAUGCUUCUUCUCUGUUUUGUCCACACACAGAUCACUUUUUCCUGAUCUUUAUUGUUUGGAAUAGGGCCAGGUGGAGAGAUGUCUGAGGCUCUCCCGAGGGUUGGCUUGGUCCUGUACUUCUGGGCGUUAGAACCCCAAAGCAUGAUGGAGGCCCAUGCUCUGUGCUGACUCAGGUUUGCUCUCUGGGCUCUGGACGAGGAUGGGCCUCCUGCAACCUUAGGGGGCCUGGAAAGUGGAUCUGACAACCCCCACUCACAUCGAACCUGACACUUUCCACACAGGCUUCUUUCUGUAGCUUCUUCUCACAGCUUGGUGACCAGCAAAGCAAGUUUGAGGAGUGGUCAUAGAGAACAUUCAUUCACUUGUUCACACAGCAGACUCUGCUGAAAGCGUUCUGGGUGCUGCCUAACUCCCCAUGGGAAUGGGUUUGCCUGGCCUUUCCCCUGAGCAUCUCGUGGUCCUGCAGAGCCUGAGCCAGGCCCUGUCCCCAUGGCUCUAAGGUGACUCUCGGUUCAGAACAGGGAGUAUAAACAUUGUGGUUUAGCAUCCAGGCAGCAUCAUGUGAGGCGGGUGCCAGCAGUCCCUCCCUUAGUGUCCCUCAUUUUUAAAAAGGAUGAAAGAUACUCCCCAGCUUGUGGUCUCUGGGGCCUCUGUGCCCCUUCCUAUGGGGACAGGGUUUGGAAUGGCUCGGCCAGGAAGGAGAGGGCUCUUGUUCCUGGUCCCACACCACCCUGCCUCCCAGAUGGGGAGGGGAACCCACAGAGUGGCGUGCAAGGGGGAGGGUGGGUUUGGGAACUGGAGACCCUCUGAGGAAAGGCCUCCUAAGAUUGAGAGCUGCAGCUGUGGCGGCCGUGGGCUGUGUGAGUCGGUGCCACCUCCUGUUUAGAUGGCCCGCCGUCAAAAGCCAGCUUUGUCUACAGCAGCUGGGAACAGCACCUGUGCCUCCGAAGGCCAGGCCUGGGCUCUGCUGGAGCGUGGCUCUCCCACAGGCACUGGGCCUUGGGCCUUGCUUGGCCUCCUGCCUCCCCGAUUCCCUCUUUGGGGCACUUUGCCUGCCUGCCUGCCUCCCCGAGUUUCCAAAUGUGGCCUUCCCUAGGGUUCCGCCAGCAACCCGUCUGCGCCUGGCCCCCAGAAAGACGGGGCCAACCAGGAGAGAUGCUGGGAGCUGGCAGGUAGGGGGCAUUCGGGGGGAAACGCAGUGUGUCCACAGGAGGGCGGGGGCGCUGCCCCAGCACCGGCUGAGGCCACGGGCACCGAGCUGCAAGGCUUUCCUCAUGCUUUGAUCUGGAGAGGGCGUUACCCUGGGGCAGCUGUCCACUGGCCUCAGGUCUGGAGACAGGCCUGCUGCAUCCAGGGACCCCUGGAAUAUACUGCCAUGUGCCGUCUCCCCUCUAAGCUAUUCCCGGCCUGUAUGGAAUCUCCUCUCAAACACAAGUGUCAGGUGCGUGUGGUCACAAAGGGCCCCGUGCUGGGAAUAGGUCCUUGUGCAGCACAAAGGGAAUGUGGGAUUCCACCCGGGAGGGGCUCGCCUGACCGAGAGGCAGUUGGGCUUACUCUGACCACUGGCCUCUGGUGCGUCCCCUCGGCUCACCUGCCCACCCUGCCCUCCUCACACUUGGGUCAUAGUGAAGGGUCACUGUGUGCCGUCUGAGCAGCUGGAGCAGCCCUUUUUUGGAGGUCCCGGAAGUGCUGUGACCCCAGGGUGCUCCUUCCUGCCAGCCCUGGCACAGCCCAGUGCCCCUGGAUCCACUUACUGUCCCGAGAACAGCCCCGGGACACCUACACCGGCC